ACACACACACAUACAGACACACACAGAAUCACAAUCAGACUCACAAGCACACACUCAGAGUUUCCCUCCUCUCCCCUGGUGUCGGUGUAACUCUGCAGUGCGGGGUUGACAGCCUGUUGCUCUCAUUUCAGAGGUAAAGCGAGUGUCCGGACUCAAGCGAUGGCUCUGCUAAUGGAGCACCAGUUCAGGCAGCUGCCAGCCGACAGACAGGUGGAAACAAGACCGUUUCUGGAGGCUGUGUCAUACCUUCCACCGUUCUUUGACUGCCUUGGCUCCACGGUCUUUGCACCAAUUAAAGCUGACUUAUCUGGCAACAUCGCAAAAAUCAAAGCUGUUUUUGAUACCAACCCUGGACGGUUCAAGACGCUGCAGCAGAUUUUGGAAGCAGAGAAGGAAAUGCACGGAGCAGGAUGGCCCAAAGUCGGAGCGACCUUGGCUCUCAUGUGGCUGAGAAGGGGUUUACGAUUUAUCCAAGUCUUCCUGCAGAGCCUAGUGGACGGUGACAAGGAUGAAAACAACCCAAACCUCAUCCGAGUCAAUAUCGCCAAAGCCUAUGAAAUAGCCCUGAAGAAAUACCAUGGCUGGUUUGUGCAGCAGCUUUUCAAGGCGGCUCUUUACGCUGCUCCAUACAAGUCCGAUUUCCUGAAGGCGCUCUCCAAGGGUCGAGAAGUCAAGGAAGAGGAAUGCUUGGAGAAAAUCCGGAAAUUCCUCAUCAACUUCACUGCCACCGUUGAUGCUAUUUAUGAGAUGUACAGUAAGAUGAAUGCCGACCUUGAAUACUCAGUGUGACGUUCCUCUUGCCUCCAGUGAUCUGUGUAGUUUACAAAGUCAUUUACAUGAUGCAGUCAGGAUUGUGCAGACUACAUAUUGACUCGGCUCCCUGCAGGCCAUCUGAUGGUUCAACGCGAGAGUGUAUUUGUUAUACUUUUGAGUCGUCUUUGCCGCCUCUGGCUUUCUCUUUGUGCCUUUUCCUCAUAGUUGUCUUUCGAUUCUGGGGCAAAGUUUCCAUCUUCACAUUUAAAUGCAGUAUUUCAUUAUUUUUCAUUUGUAGAGUCAUGUCCCUUCAGACAAUAACUGCCGGACAUUUAUGUUCAUGGUCAUGAGUCCUCUCUUUCUCAGAUAGGAGAAGGUUUUACAAGAAAAGUACUUCUCACUAAACAAGUGUUUUAAAUCCAGCAACAGGAUUGUUACAGAAGAAUUAAGAGGACAUGUGAAGUGUCUGAUACCAAACAACUAAUCCCAAUUCAAAUCAUCUGUUACAGUAAUUUUAGUGAUUGAGUUUUGCUUAUAGCAGUUCAACUGCUGUGUAUGCUGAAAAUAAUUGUGUGAAAAAUGUUUGCGUUCAAAUCCGUCCACCUAUCUUAUGUAUGAGAAACAGUAUAUGACAUCCUAAAGAAGAGGCCAGAUGUAUUGCAAACAAUCAGAAAAUCUUUAAUUGUCUUUAUUUAUAAAAUAUUUAAAUAUCUCACUGACAUAUAGAGCUAUGGCUUAUAUUUUGAAGUCAAUUAAUCAAUAUGCAAUACACAACUCAUAAUUUGAUUAAAGAAGUCAUAUGUGUCAUCUUAUGCAAUACA